GUAACGACAAAAGACAGCAAAAUCGGGAGAAGAUGACAGUUUUCCUUUUGAAGAAUCCCAAUUAACUCUAAUCAUACUAAUUUCAAGACUUGUUUUUGCGGAGUGAUUUUCAAAUUUUUGUGUUCUAAUUUGUAAAUUUCUAGUAGUUACCUACCUAAGUAUAAUUUCCUGUGUUAAUUGCCUAAUUGCUUGCUUAACCCUUUAAUCAAUUAUUUACCCCUUUUGCGUAAUCUCUGAGAGCUGCCAUUUGCGCUGCUCGAACGGCCGAGCCAUCAUUGAACGGGCACAGUACAAAACCCAAAAAUAUAAUGGGAAUAUGAUCUGCAGAGAUGGAGAAUAGCUGGGAGACAAGCUUUCAACCAGGGACAGAAAAAUGGGGUGAAGAAGCUGAUUGAGUUUCUUGUUGAUUGGGAACAAGCAGCGAUUUUCAGCCAUUUUGGAGGCUAUUGGUCCCCUGGUUCGAAAAGGGUUGGUUUCUGCAGUGUCUAUGAAGAAUGACAUAAUGAUUUUACCUUUAGUUAUUUGUACUACGGCGGCUUUCUUGCUGAUCCAAGCUCAGCACAGGUGAACUUAGUGACAACGAGCUGGAUAGGCUCAUGAAGGAUUAACCAGGUCGUGGAGUUGAAAUCGUGCUAGUCUGGCCUGGAUCCGUUACCUUGAGUAUUACUGGCAUAAGGACCAGGUUUUUGCAAGGUCGAAACCAUUUGUUUGGUUGUUGUUUGCUGGAGUUAUGGCAACUUUGUUGCAUUCCGAAUCUCGGCGCUUAUAUUCUUGGUGGUGGGAUAGCCAUAUCAGCCCUAAAAAUUCAAAAUGGCUACAGGAUAAUCUUACAGAUAUGGAUGCGAAAGUUAAAGCAAUGAUAAAACUCAUUGAAGAGGAUGCAGAUUCCUUUGCAAGGAGAGCAGAAAUGUACUAUAAGAAACGUCCAGAGCUUAUGAAAUUGGUUGAGGAAUUCUACCGAGCUUACCGAGCUUUAGCUGAAAGAUAUGACCAUGCAACUGGGGAGCUUCGCCAUGCCCAUAAAGCCAUGGCUCAAGCAUUUGCCAACCAAAUGCCUCCCUAUGAUUUUGCUGAUGAGCCACCUUCGGGGUCUUCUGUUUCUGAAUCUGAACCCCACACACCAGAAAUCCACCUCCCGAAUCAUGCACUGCUUGAUCGAGAUGACUUGCACACGGAGUCGGGAGGUUCGUCAUCAACGAACCAACAUCCAUUGAGAAUGAAAGGAGAGAAUGUUGGGGAUUCUAACUCUCGUGUAAGUAAAGGGGGUCUGAAACAGCUCAAUGAGAUCUUUACACCAAGAAAAAAUGUGCUAGAAAAUUCAGAGGUUAACGAGGGAAGCAUCGAAUCGGGAUCAGUUUUUCAUGAAGGUGAAUUCGACGACGAUAACUUGCAAAGAGUAUCACCUCAGCUAUCAAGUAAAAUUUAUGAUCUCAAAUCUCAGGUCCUGUGUGAAUCAGAACGUGCCGAAAAAUCAGAUGCUGAACUUCAAAUUUUAAGAAAACGACUAAGUCAGAUGGAAGCUGAAAAGGAAGCUUUCUUUCUUAAAUUCCAAAACUCUUUGGAAAAGCUAUCCAACCUGGAGAAAGAACUAAGUUCUGCUCAAAAAGAUGCUGGUGGACUUGACGAGCGAGCGAGCAAAGCUGAAAUCGAAAUAAAAAUAUUGAAGGAAGCCCUUCUAGAUCUGAAAGCAGAGAAGGAUGAUGGUCUUCAACAAUAUAACCAAUGUUUGCAAAAGAUAUCAAACCUAGAAAUGCUAUUAUCUAUGGCCCAACAACAUGCUGAAGGACAUAAUGAGAGAGCUUCUAAGGCAGAAAUUGAAGCUCAGAACCUUGUGCAGCAACUUUCCAGAUUAGCAGCUGAAAAGGAGGCAAGUCUUCUUCAGUAUAAGCAAUGCCUAAAGAAGAUAUCUGCCUUGGAGAACAAAAUCUCUCUUUCUGAAGAUUAUGCAAGAAUGCUUGAUGAACAAAUGAAUAGUUCAGAGACUGAAGUCAAAGCACUGAAGACAAGUCUUGCUGAACUCAUUGAAGAGAAGGAAACAGCAUCUCUCCAGUAUGAGCAGUGCUUGGAGAAAAUUGCCAAGAUGGAAACUGAAAUUUCUCGUGCUCAAGCUGAUGCAAAACAUCUGAAAGGUGAACUUGUGAUGGUUCAUGCUAAACUGGAAACGACAGAAGGAAGGUGUGCUCAUUUGGAGCAAUCAAACCAUUCACUGCAGUUUGAAGCAGACAAACUUGUACAGAAGAUUGCUAUUAAGGAUCAAGAGCUUGCAGAAAAGCAAGAUGAGUUGAAGAAGCUUCAGAGUAUGAUGCAAGAUGAGCAGUCACGGUUCGUACAAGUGGAAAACACUCUCCACACUCUGCAGAAGUUGCAUUGUCAGUCUCAGGAGGAGCAGAGAGCUCUAACGUUGGAGCUUAAAAAUGGUCUCAUGAUGUUGAAGGAUUUGGAUAUAUGCAAACAUGGUAUGGAGGAAGAGCUCCAACGAGUUAAGGAUGAAAACAAAAUACUGAAUGAACUGCAUUUAUCUUCUAAUACUUCAAUGAAGAAUCUAGAAGAUCAAUUAUCUGGAUUGAAGGAGAUGAAAGAGAAGCUUGAGGAGGUUGUUGCCCAAAAAGAAGAGCAGAGCAAUUUGCUUGAGAAAGAUAUUCAUCAUUUGAGAGAAGAAAUUAAGGGCUUGAGUGGAAGAUACCAGGGCAUAAUGAAACAAUUGGAGGCGGUAGGAUUAGAUCCUGAAUCCCUUGAAUCCUCUGUGAGAGAUUUUCAAGAGGAGAAUGCCAAGCUGAGGGAGGUCUGUGAAAAGGACAGGAACAAGAUAGAAGCACUUUAUGAGAAACUCAGUUAUAUGGAUGAACUUUCAAAGGAAAAUUCCACUCUCAAGGUAUCUCUUGCUGAAUUAAAUGCUCAAUUGGAGAGGUUAAGGGAGAAAGUCAAGGAAUCCCAGGAGCUUUCCCAAUUUACCCAAGAAGAAAAAACUGCUCUUGUUGCAGAGAAAUCUUCCUUGCUUUCCCAAUUUCAGAAUGUGACUGAGAAUAUGUUGAAACUUUUAGAGAAGAACACAUUGCUGGAAGAUUCCCUAUCUGGUGCAAAUACUGAGCUUGAAGGUUUGAGGGCAAAAUCAAAGGGCUUAGAAGAAUUCUGCCAGUUGCUGAAGGAUGAGAGGUCCAAUCUUAUGAAUGAAAGAGGCGUGCUGGUGGCUCAGCUUGAAAACAUUGAACUGAGACUAGGAAACCUGGAAAAGAGGUUUACAAAUCUAGAAGAAAAAUAUUCUGAUCUGGAAAAUGACAAAGACUCUGCCUUAAAUCAAGUAGAAGAACUGAGAUAUUCCCUUCUCAUGGAAAAACAAGAGCAUACAAGUUACAAGCAGUCGACUGAGUCCAGACUUGCUGGCUUGGAGGACCGUGUCCAUACCCUAAGAGAAGAAAGUAGAUUGGGCAAGGAAGAAAUUGAAGAACUGCUAGUCAAGGCUGUAAAUGCCCAGGUUGAAAUCUUUAUCCUGCAGAAGUUUGUUGAGGAUUUGGAAGAGAAAAAUCUUUCUUUGCUUAUUGAAUGUGAACAAUAUGAAGAGGCAUCCAAGUUAUCGGACAAACUUAUUGCUGAGUUGGAAGGCGAAAAUCUUGAGCAACAAGUUGAAGUAGAAUUUAUGUACAAUGAAAUUGAUAAACUCAGAGCAGGAAUCCGUAAGGUACUAAUGGCUCUUCAAUUUGAUCGAGAUUAUGGGCAGGAAAAUAUGAAAGAAGAGAGAAUUCUGAUAGUGGAUAUUUUGGCCAGAAUCGAGGAUUUAAAAACUUCGGUGUACAAAAACAAGGACAAGAAGCAGCAACUGCUAGUUCAGAACUCAGUUUUAUUAACUCUUCUCAAGCAACUGAGUUUAGAGAGUGAAGAACUUCUGUCAGAGAAAGAGAACAUUAUGCAGGAGUUAAAAAUCAUGAAGGGGCGACUAGCUCUGCAUGAAAACGACAAGCAUGAGCUUCUGAAGACAAAAAACCAGUUGAUGAUGCAAGUUAGCCAGUGGGAGCAACAUGAGCUCGAAAUGAAGGCUGAGAUUGAAAAUCUAAAUGAGAAGCUAAUAAAUCUGCAAGGGGCCUGUCUUCUGCUGGAAAAGGAAAAUUAUAAUGUUGCUGAAGAAAAGAAAUCUUUGCUCAAGAAAUUUUUGGACCUUGAAGAGGACAAGAAUAUUGUUCAACAAGAGCAGCAAAAUUUAAUCAUCGAGGAGGUGAUGGGUUUCAAUAUCCUAUCAUCGAUCUUUAAAAGCUUCAAAGCUGAGAAAUUCUUGGAAAUAGAAAAGCUUAUUGAAGACAUCUGUCGUCUCCAAGUGGUCAAUUCUGAUCUAAGGGAAGAAGUUGGGAAGUUGGCGGAGAAAUUUCAGUUGAAGGAAGUGGAGAAUUUGCAUUUAACUGGAUCAGUAGGGAAAUUGGCCAGGGAGCUACAUGAAGCAAAAAACUUGAACGAUCAACUUAACUAUCAAAUCUUACUUGGAAAUGAUUUCCUGAGGCUGAAGGCCCAAGAGCUUUCAGAAACAGAAGAGGAGCUUAAAACUUCACAGAACUUCAACAUGAAAUUGUCUGAUGCCGUCGAGGAGCUCAAGAUGGAAGGUAAAGAAACAGUGAUGAUCCAACACAGUCUAGAGAAAAAGAAUCUUGAACUUUCUCAAAAGUGCUUAAGCCAGGAGACUGAAAUCCAAAACCUCUGCGAAGCAAAUGAAAAUUUAAAAUCCGAAGUGGAUAUUUUGAACGAGGAGAUCGAGAAAUGCAAAAUUAGAGAGGAUAGUCUGAAUUUAGAACUACAGGAGAGAAGAGAUGAGUUUGAGCUCUGGGAGGCUGAAGCCACAACAUUUUACUUUGAUCUUCAGAUCUCGUCGAUCCGGGAGGUCUUAUUUGAACACAAGGUUCUUGAACUUAAACAAGCUUGUGAGAAUGCAGGAGAUGAGAAUGCUGCAAAAACGAUGGAGAUUGAACAACUCAGAGAAAGAGUAAGUUUCCUGGAAACUGAAAUUGGAGAAAUGGAGGCACAGUUGUCUGCCUAUAAGCCUGCCAUUGCUUCUCUAAGGGAGGAUGUCGAAUCACUCAAGCAUAUUGUUCUUCCUCGUACUAGGGAUAUCUGUAGAGGGUUUAUGGGAGAAGAGGGUGAAGAAACCACAAUUCACGUUCAUCAGAGGAGUUGUAAUGUCCAAAAAGAUGAGAUAUUGGAUUUGCAGAAGAUUGGGGCCAUGAUUAAAGCAGUUGAGAAGGCUGUGAUUGAAGAAAAGGAAAAACUGAACAAGGAAGCUGCUGACAAACAUAUCAAAGACUUCAAAUCAGAAGAAAGCUCGCAUCAAAAGGCAACAACAAAGGAAGGGAAAGAUUUGCGGGAUGGAAUUACUGAAAAUCUAAAGGCAAGAAAGAAUAAACCUGACAAUGGAAUAUUGAUGAAGGAUAUUCCACUGGAUCAUGUCUCAGAUAGUUCUUUCCAGAGAAGAAGCAAAAGGGAAAGUAGUGAGACUAAUGAUCAAAUGCUCAAGUUGUGGGAAACUGCUGAACAGGAUUGUGACCAGAAUUUGAUUGAUAGUGUGCCACAAAGCCCGUCGAACCCGCAAAUCGAGUGCCCUCAGUUGGAGAUUGUAGAACAUAAGAGUCCAGAUUGUUCUUCAGAAUUUCGAGUUGAGAAGGAGUUAAGCAUUGACAAAUUGGAGUUAUCGCCUAGCAUUAAAGAACGAAUUCGACGAGGCCGCAAAGGGAAGAUUUUAGAGAGGCUUGAUUCAGAUGCGGGGCAGUUGACAGGUCUUCUAACAAGCGUUCAAGAUUUGAAAAAGAGAAUGGAAGUGGACAACAGCCUUGGAAUGGCCAGAAACAACGAAUAUGACACAGUUGAGAGACAUUUAAAAGAAGUUGAGGAAGCCAUUUUGCAGCAAGUAAAUGUAAAUGGUCAACUGAAGCAGAACUUGGAACGCAGUCCCUCAUCUUUCGAGCGAAGGCCAUCAGCAGAAAUCGAGGUGACUGGAAACAUCCCCUUAAACAAGCUAACAGAGCAGACACAAAGAGGAUCCGAGAAGAUAGGAAAACUACAGUUCGAGGUACAGAACAUUCAACGCGUCGUGCUGAAACUCGAAGCCGAGAAGAAAAGAAAAGGGAAGAACAGAUUCUCCAAGAGUAAACCCAGCGUUCUUCUGAGGGACUUCAUCUACAGAAGUGGAAGACGCAGCGAAAGACGAAAGAAGCCAUGUUCUUGUGGAUGUACAAGACCUUCAACUCAUGGAGACUGAGUCUAAUUCUUUGGAAGAACAGCAUAGACUAAUAGAGGCAGCAAAACUAGUCGUCCCCUUGUAAGUUGUAAUAGUUGUAGAAUGGUGUCUGUGGAUCAUCUCUGGAUCUUUUUGAAAAAAGUAUUCCUUUUCUGAUCUAAUGAUGAACUAUAACAGACAGAAUCUUGUAACAAUAACCUCAUUUCUAAAACUUGUGCUAUCUUGCUCUAGCUUGAUCGAUUCUGCUGAACAAGGAGGGCCCUGCAGCUGAAUGCAGACAUUGGUGGCACAUCGAGUGGCCACAAGUUGCCCUUUGAAAA